UCGAUCAUUAUUUUUCGAGAAAAAUAGUAUAGUGGCUAUUUGUGCUGAAAAAUGUGGUUUGUGAAUUGUUAGCAAUUGCUACACGUGUUUGUUAUUUAUUGGCAUAUGUUUAAAAUGAUUUGAAACUUCGUCGAAAUAUUUAUCCGUACAAAAGACGUGUUGCAUUUGAUCAAGUAAGGGACACGUAAUCUUUACUUGUUUGUCGGGUUUUUGAGCAACAUGAUGCGACUAGAACUUCUUGCGCUGUGUUUAUGCGUCACUCUGUCGGCUGCUGAGCUUCUUGGUCCAGAAACGAAGAAGGAAACAGAAGAAGAAGAUGCUUCAGACAGCUUGGACACCGGGACCAAAGUGGACUCGGAAUACAUCAAAGAAUUGACCGACGCUGUCAACAAAGAGAUUUCGACACUUCAGGAGUAUGCCGAUGCUAUUAAAAAGUCCCAAGAGGGGAAGGAUCAGGAGCCAAACAAAGAUAUCCAACUUGAUCAGAUGGAGUAUACACUAAACAUCCUGAAGAAGAGCAUCUUGAGGAACACAGAGCCCAGUUGGUUCCGCGAUGUCAAAGGAACCGAUGAAACUACUACUGAAAUAGAUAAAAUGGAAGAACAGCAAAAGAGUUUUCUAGAGAGUAUAUUGCCUCCGGAGCAAGAGGAGGAGCUCACGCCUGAACUGCAAGAAGCCAAAGAAAUAUACGACGCCGCUGUAGCAAAGCUAAAGCGUCGCUCUCCGGACCUGCGAGGCGCCAUAUUGCAAGUACAACACGCUGCAGAAAAAGGCUACGUCCCUGCCAAGAUCAAGCUGGCGUGGUCUCAUAUCUUCGGGGAGGGAGUGGAACUUGACGUGGAUAAGGCUAGAAGCAUAUUUGAAACGCUGGCUGAGGAGGGAAAUGGUGAUGCUCAUGCGGGCAUGGGCUUCCUUUACGCCACCGGUGUGAGUGUACCGGUAUCGCAAGCAAAAGCCCUGGUACACUACACACUUGGCGCAAUGUCUCACAGCGAGUAUGCCAUGAUGGCGCUUGCCUAUCGCUACUGGGCCGGCGUCACCGUGCCCUCGUCAUGCAGUCGCGCGCUAGGCCUCUACAUGACUCUAGCCACCGAGGUGGCCCGUACUGUGAGCUGGAGCGGCGGUCCCGCUGUGCACCGCACGCGGCUGGCGGACGAGGCGGAGGGCGGCGGCGCGCUUGACUCCGACCUCAUCGAGUACUACCAGCUGCUGGCCGAGAAGGGCGACGUGCAGGCCCAGGUGGGCCUCGGCCAGCUACACUUCCAAGGCGGGCGCGGCGUGACGCUGGACAUCAACAAGGCGCUGCACUACUUCACGCAGGCCGCUAAGGCCGGCAACGCCAUCGCCAACGCGUUCCUCGGAAAGAUCUAUCUAGAAGGCGGUGACGGCAUCAAGGCUGAUAACGAGACAGCGCUGCGCUACUUUAGAAAAGCUGCAGAACUGAACAACCCAGUGGGACAAAGCGGCCUCGGCAUUAUGUAUCUACAGGGCCGCGGGGUGCCGAAAGACCUAGCGACGGCGUUCAAGUACUUCACGAUGGCCGCUAACCAAGGCUGGGUGGAGGGACAGCUUCAUCUCGGCUACAUGUACUUCGGCGGCAUCGGCGUCCGCCGCGACUUCAAGCAGGCCAACAAGUACUUCUCACUAGCGUCGCAGUCGGGCCACGUUCUGGCGUUGUUCCACCUCGGCCAGAUGCACGCGCAGGGCCUGGGCGUGCUGCAGUCCUGCCCCACCGCUGUGGAGCUAUUCAAGAACGUCUGCGAGCGAGGCUGGUGGGGCUCCCGUUUGAUGUUAGCUCACGCGGCGUGGCGCGCGCGAGACACCGACUCGGCGCUACUACAGUACCUGGCCAUGGCGGAGCGAGGCUACGAGGUGGCGCAGACCAAUGCCGCCUACAUACUCGACUUAGGCGAAGGCAGCGUGUUCAACGAGAGCGAGCGUUACGCGCGCGCGCUUCAGAUGUGGUCGCGCGCCGCGUCGCAGGGCUGCGCCAGCGCGCGCGUCAAGCUGGGAGACUACCACUACUACGGGCUCGGCGCGCCGCAGGAUCUUGAGGCCGCUGCGCAUCAUUAUAGGAUAGCGUCGGAGCAGCUACACAACGCGCAGGCCACGUUCAACCUGGGCUACAUGCACGCGCGCGGGUUAGGACUCGCCAAGGACUUGCAUCUCGCUAAACGAUGCUACGACUUGGCGGCGGAUACAUCGCCGGACGCUCGCUUGCCGGCCGCGCUGGCGCUCGCCGCACUCUCGGCGCACACCGCGUUACACGACUUUAUGGAGUCGUUCUCGUCCAGCCCGCUGGCCAUGCUGUUCAUCACCGGCGGCGACUCCUCGCUGCUGUCCAACUGGGACCUCUACCUCAUGACAGCACUCCUGGGCAUCCUGGCCAUCCUGGUGUUUGCCCGCCGCCCGGUCGCGAGGCGCUGAAGUUUAAGUAACAAGAACAGUGGUGAAAUAGUGACUGUGUGAGCUAGUGAUGCAAUGUGGGCGGAGCUAAUGAGUGGGCGUGGACUAUUCAGAGUAGGGUUGCAACUUUGGGGUGGGAAGUUUUGAAUAAAUGUAAAUAAAAAUUUAUAAAUAAAGGAAUUUCAACACCUUUUCAAAGUACGCCCAAACAUAUCUUCACGCUCCAUUUUGAGCUCCUUGUGAUCAUGAAAUAGGGCUAGGAUCUUUUUGCACAAUGUGGAAGUAACCUUAAGGUGAAUUCACAUUGACAUUUGUAUGACACAAUACAAAUAUCACAGCUCCUGCGGAUGUGAAUAUAUCUUUAUUCUUAAAACGUCGUGUAGACAUGUGAUGAUUGACCCAUUCUUCUUAAAAACUCAAAUGAAGUAUAGAAAUUAUUUU